AGCCACGUUCAGGCAACUUUGCAAUACCGCACUUGCAGCGUGGAAUUUAGACCCCAAGGCUCCUAGGAGCAGAGUGUGGAAGACAGAAGUGUUCAGCUCAGGAGACAGGAAGAGCUGACAGCAUUUCUUUGUUUCUGAUUCUAGCUUUAAAGAAAACGGAGCCCUUCCUACCAAAGUCAAACUGCCUGAAGUAGAGUCUUGAGCCACAGGAGGAGACAGUCAUGGAGGACAGCCCCACCAGGGUUAAAAUGGACCGGGGUGAAAGCCAGGCUGCAUCAUGGCAAGGAAGACGGUGCCUCCCCAAGGCACUUGGCUAUGUUACCGGGGAUAUGAGAGAAUUUGCCAGCUGGCUUAAAGACAAACCCGUGGUGCUCCAGUUCAUGGACUGGGUUCUUCGGGGCAUCUCGCAAGUGGUGUUUGUCAGCAACCCCAUCAGCGGAAUCCUGAUUCUGGUGGGACUCCUGGUGCAGAACCCCUGGUGGGCACUCAACGGCUGUGUGGGAACAGUGGUCUCCACCCUGACGGCCCUCUUGCUCAGCCAGGACAGGUCCGCCAUUGCAGCAGGGCUCCAGGGCUACAACGCCACCCUGGUGGGGAUCCUCAUGGCUGUCUUUUCCGACAAAGGGAACUACUUCUGGUGGCUGCUGGUCCCUGUAUCUGUUAUGUCUAUGACUUGCCCAGUUUUCUCAAGUGCCUUGAGCUCCGUGUUCUGCAAGUGGGACCUCCCUGUCUUCACACUGCCCUUCAACAUGGCGUUGUCAAUGUACCUUUCGGCCACGGGACAUUACAAUCCGUUCUUCCCUACCAAACUGUUCACACCUAUAACCUCAGUCCCCAAUGUCACCUGGUCGGACCUGAGUGCCUUGAAGUUGUUGAAAUCCCUGCCGGUGGGAGUUGGUCAGAUCUACGGCUGUGACAACCCGUGGGCAGGGGGCAUCUUCCUGUGUGCCAUCCUACUCUCCUCCCCGCUCAUGUGCCUGCACGCCGCCAUCGGAGCUCUGCUGGGUAUAGCGGCAGGACUCAGUCUCUCGUCUCCGUUUGAGAACAUCUACUUCGGACUCUGGGGUUUCAACAGCUCCCUGGCCUGCAUUGCGAUGGGAGGAAUGUUCAUGGCGCUCACCUGGCAAACCCACCUCCUGGCUCUGGCCUGCGCCCUGUUCACUGCCUACCUGGGAGCCAGUCUGGCCCACCUGAUGGCUGUGGUCGGACUGCCAGCUUGCACCUGGCCCUUCUGCUUGGCCACGCUACUGUUCCUCUUGGUGACCACCAAAAACCCCAACAUCUACAGGAUGCCCCUCAGUAAAAUCACUUAUCCUGAAGAAAACCGCAUCUUCUACCUGCAAGCCAAGAAAAGGAUGUCAGAAAGCCCAUUGUGACAGCGGCCACCUCCCCUGGCCACAGUCACCAAGCACCUCGAACUUCUGUGCCAACGGACUCCAGGAUCUCGGCCAACAAUCAUUUCCACUAGUGUCAACUUUCAUACUAACCCAUCGAUGAUCUGUUCUUAUGCUCAAAUUGUAUUUUUAUUUCAGCCUCCAAGAACACCCUCAAACGUGUGAGCUACAUGUCCAGCGAGGCAUUCUGGCUAUGGAAUGAUAAACCAUAGGGGCGUGCUGGCACUAAGACUGUAAUAUAUUUGUGAGGUUAAAAUGCCCCAACAAAAAGAGGAAGUGAGAUCAGGGCUAGUUCUUGUAAUUAUUGAUAGUCUUGGCUUGAUGGGCUAGAUGACGUUAACAGUAUUAAAAAUUAAGCCUUAAGUGACUCCAAGUCACAAAAUCAAAGUCAACCCAGAAUUCUCAGAUAAGCAGGUAGGUUGUUAAAAUCAAUGCCAGUGGAUACAUUACAGCGAUCAUAGACGUGGUACAGCUGAUUGCUGGGCUUGUCCCCUGUCCUUAGCAGGAGCUCGAGGCUGCCUGGUGGGGCGGGGAUGUGCUUACGGGUAAUGGUCGGGUUUGUUCAGGCGGACAGGGCUGCAGGAGGAAGAAGGGAUUGUACCAAUCAAGAUUAUUCCAUAUUGACACUUCUUAAAAAAGCAAAAGAAAUUUUGAGGGUUUUUUUUUGGUUUUGUUUUGUUUUUCCAGAUGAGAAUGGAUUUGUUUUUUAAUAAGUUCCCGGUUUAGCUGUUUCUAGAUCAUUAGCUACAUUUUUAUAAAACACUCAGCAUGGCUAUUUUUAUUUCUUCCCUAAGUUCACUGUGGAAAUGCCAUGGAUGCAGAGAAUCGCUGCUGAAAGCCACGUUUUCAAUUCAUUUGCAUCUGUCUUAUGUGUUCUAAGCACUGACACAGAUUGCGUCUGGGUAUUUAGAAGUUGAAUUUCUUUGAAACAUGCUUUCCUGUACACAGUAUGUUAGUUUCCUUGGAAAACAAUGGGAUUUGAAUCACCAGAAGUAGUUCAGGUAAAGGAAAGUAAAGUAGUUCAGGUAAAAGGAUUCCCCUGGUGUGUGUGUGUGUGUGUGUGUUUAACUUUAAAACUAUCAGUUCUAGAAAGAUGCUAUAACGUGCUGAAGAAGGUGGAGUCGUGCUUCUCACCUUCCUUUUCAGUGGACUCAGUUUGGAAUUUGGAGGAUUAAAAAGGGAAGCAGCGGAAUCCUGAAGGUUUUUCCCUCUUUGGGUUGGCAGUGCUCUAUGCAAAAUGCACAGCUCGCUGCCUGAAUGACCAGGAGAAGGAAAGCAAGCUACAAAUAUUUCAGGAAGAAGUUCACUUCUUUUCUCAGGAAACACUGUCACAUUACAAAGCCCUGGGUCCAAAGCCUGUGAUACCAAUUUGCCACUGUCAUAGUUUCCUUCACAUCUAUUCCUGGAGGAGAGCCAAAUGUUCAGUGUGUGAACUGAAAUCUUCCCUGUGAGGGAGUUCGUGCAGCAGCGUUGCAGGGGGAACAGAAGCAACAUAACCAAAGAUAAGCCCAGGUGGAAGGUCUGGGCCCUGGCUGUGUGGAGCAGACCCCGGCUGGUGUGUGCAGGGCACAAUUCUCUCCAUUUGCACACACACCCAUGGAUAAACAGGAACGUUUCACGCAUUGUAUAUUGUCUAAUUUAAGUGGCAUUAAUUUUCUCAAGCUAUUUUUUGUUACUACUACCAUAAAAUUAAGUAUUUUAUUCGUUUUCUUAGGAAGCAUUUGUAUUCUUUUAUCUGUAUAACAAAUUUCUACA